GGGUUCUGUACAACGUCUGUACACCUCACGCUAGGUGUGCACCGUCUGAUCAGCUACCACGGAGUUCGUUCAUUUAGCCAUCGCUAAAUGAUAUUUCUGAGAUAUCUUAUACAGUAUCAUUCGCACAAGCAUUCAUUCAAGUUGAAGUACAUUGGACAUGGCGAACCAAGAUGAAGAUUCAGUAAUUUCCACACUGACGGGAUUCUCUUUGAAUAGUGUUCUGUCAGGUCUAUCUCUCUCCACAGGCGAUCUUCCCAACAGCCUUGGUAUCUCUGGAUUGUCUUCCUUGGAUGCCAAACAGAUUUACAAUGACAAGUGGGACGACGACGACGAAGCCGUUGGUGCGGAUCAGGGAGAAGACUUUGAGGAUGAGGUGGACAAGGAAUUUGAAACAGAAAUGCCUGAAGACAUUGUGAAGAUGGAGGUUCAAUCCCCUGUUGGCAUACGUCACACGGAGAAGCGCGUCAGGGUGGUGAAGCGGCUGGUGGAAAGACCAAAGACUGUCUAUGAACGCUUUCCAGCCUUCGAGAAGGACAAAGUCCUCGACUUCUCAGAGUUGUUUAAAGGCUACACGGUCAAGAAGUCAAGGAUAACAAAGAGGCCAUUACAGGCUGAAAGUAUCUACCCCCGGAAACGUGAUAUUGCCAAGGGUUUCCUUGAUGCCGUAGUCGGUGAUACCAAACGGCAGGUCGAGAACAAACGUGUAGAGGAGGUUAUGUCCGCUGGCAGUAUCGAACAUGACUUGCUGCGUGCUCUUGAGGAGCGGAAAAAAUCAGACGUGCCUGUGACACUUCCUCUGCAUGACAGAAGUUUUGAUUUAGUGCUGCUAUCCAACUGGGAGGACGAGAUUGUGUACGAGCCGAGCCACACAGCUGCACCACCCACUCUUGAAAACAACAAUCUCACCACACCGGUCAACAAAGCUCUUGAGUCAGGUGCUUGGACGCAGAGCAUUAUCUGGAGCCCAAAUGCCCCUUUCCGCGAUUUCAUUCAACUAGAACUUAACGAAGAAGAUAUUACAGAAGAGCACCCCCAAGAAACUGUCAGACCGAAAAAGCGUAUUAGAGCGCAUGACGUUCAAUCCCGCGAUAAAUUCAACCUGUCUAAUGACCACUUUUACGAGGUGUCGAAAGAGGGUGGCCGGCAUCGUGUGCGUCAGACGUUUGGACAACUUGUCGUCGAACACGCUUAUUCCGCUCAGAAGCUCCAACUUCCCUUUUACAAGACAAGACUUUCAAAGCAGGAAGCACGUUCCUUCCACCGGCCCGCUUUGCAGUUCCCAACCAACAUAGAUAUUCGCUUUAGCAAGGUGCGCACGGCGAAGAAGAAAAAGGAUAAAGCGGGCCGUAAGGUCGGUAAGGGCGGCAAUAUUGGCGAGGGGUUGCAUCGUACGACGGAUUUGAGCCUGAAGGACACGAGUAAUUUUGUCCUUUGGGAGUAUUCCGAAGAGCAUCCACCAAUUGUACCAAACUUCGGUAUGGGUAGCGCGCUCGUGAACUACUAUCGUAAGAAAGACGAGAAGGACGACUACAUGCCGAAGCUCGACCUCGGGGUGCCUUUGGCUUAUGUCUAUCCUGGCCAAACAUUCCCGGCGCUUUACAAUAAUCUCGUGCGGGCACCACUUUUCCGCCACAAACCCUAUGCCACCGACUUCCUGGCUGUUAGGAGCACCACGAAAGGCGAAACGCGGUACUACUUGCGUGAGAUCAAGAACCUAUUCGUGAUUGGGCAGACGUAUCCCGUUACCGAAGUCCCAGGGCCGCACUCUCGGAAGAUAACUAACACCAUCAAGUACCGCCUGCAAAUAAUUGCCUUCAAGCUCCUAAAAAAGAGCAGCGAAGAGCGGCUAAAAAUAUCAAGAUUGAUGAAGUACUUUCCCGAUCAAAAUGAACUCCAGAUGCGGCAGAGGCUAAAAGAAUUUAUGGAGUAUCACAGGCGUGGCCCUCACCAAGGUUUCUGGCGUCUAAAAUCCACGGUAACCAUUCCAAGUGAUGCGGAUAUGCUGAAGAUGGUGGGUCCCGAGCAAGUCGUGUUAAUGGAGAGUAUGCAAGUCGGGCAACGCCAUCUUCAAGACUCUGGUUACACUCAAACCGCCGAAACCGCGGAGGAUGACGAAGGUGAGACUAAGCUCUCCGUCGAACAACAACUGGCGCCUUGGAUCACGACAAAGAACUUCCUAUUCGCUACCCAGGCUAAAGCCAUGCUUCGGUUGCACGGUGAAGGCGACCCUACUGGGCGUGGGGAGGCAUUCAGCUUCAUCCGUAUUUCGAUGAAGGAUAUCUUUGUCAAGGCAGGCGAAGAUUAUGAACAGAAGCUCGCUGAGGCAGAUAAUAGACCAAAGUCCGCGCACCGUUACAAUGUUGCCGAACAGCAGCAAAUUUAUAAAUCCGAGAUCGAGCGGAUAUGGAAAGCUCAGUUCGAUUCAUUGAGCAGGAAGGACGAGCCACAACUGACGGUGGAAGAUGAAGAAGCCCCAGCCCCUGUUGAUGUCAAGAAGUUACAACGCCAAGCAUCACUCAGAAACGAGACACCCUUCUCUCCAGUAAUGUCACCAACCCCGACCCGCCCUGCAUCGCCUGCUUUCAGCCGCGGUUCUUCAUUAGAACGGGACCGAGAGAUGAGCUUGGGACCAGAUGGCAGUCGUAAAGUUCUGCGAAUAAAGCGACUGGUCGAUGAUGAAUGGCAAACAGAAAUUAUCCGUGAUCCUGCCGUCAUACGUGCAUAUGUGCGUGCCCGGCAAUUAUUGGAAGAAGAAGCUACGCUUGCCGAUAAUCUCGCACCCACGGGUGAUGCAGAUAAGGACAAGAGGUACAAGAAACGGUUGGAAGAACAAAUUGCUAGAAUGAAAAAGAACCAAGAGCGGCGUCUGCACCGCAAGAACGCGAAAAUUGUUAAGGAAGGCGGCACCCCAAUGCAACUCACCCGGCCGCUCAAACCAGAUACGACCAGACGGUGUGGUCACUGCGGUCAGAUGGGCCAUAUGAAAACUAACCGCAAAUGUCCUCGUUGGGCUGAGUUCAAUAGUGGAACGGCACCUGCACCUGCCACUCCUACAUCUGCAACAAGUCCGCCGCCAAACACACCCGGCAUGUCCAGUCUAAGCGGGUUCAACCGAACUAGCGGGGCGCUUGGCUUUGGUGCGCCGGUUCCUUCUCCUUUGGCAACGAGUCCUCCGGUAUCUGCGAUGGAGGAUAUAGAUCCGGUACCUGGUACUCCCUCAGGUUCUGCUCCAAAGAUCAAACUUACGCUUAAGAGAUCAUGAUGUGCCACGAUGCCUGCUUCGUGUUCCUUGUCUAUUUUGUUUGCUCGCAUUCAGUCCUACUA